AUGGUGGAAGCUGCCGCUGCAGAGGAAGAACGGCAGAAGGCGUUACCAAGUCCAGGCACCGUAUCGCCUCGACCACGGUCCUCCAUGGGCCGAACGACCAAGCACGUACUGCACAUCCAGUCUUUGUACCGCGGGUAUCGCGCGCGGAUCGCGUUCCGCCUCGCGCUGUACGAGGACGCGCUGAGCUGCGGCGUGCUGGGGGCGAUGCCCGGCACGAUCCAGGGGCGCUCGGGCUGGUACCUGGACCCGAAGCGGCUGAUGGCCUACUACUUCGUCAUCCCGGAGCCCGACGGCGACUGGGAGCAGAAGUACACGCUGCGCUGCAGCCGCCUCGUGCUCACGCCCUACGACAUGCAGCACGAGGUGCUCAGCAAGGUGCCGGCCUCGCUGCAGCAGGCCGACGACGCAGAGGAGCAGGAAGAGGAAUGA